AUGUCCGCCACCGCGGAGGUCCUGGUGAUUUCCUCCUCGCCGGAGCGCAACCCAGUUCACACGCCAGCGCCGCCUGCGUAUGAUCCCGAAAGACUCUUUGGAUUGUCCCCAGUAGACGUUGAAACGACUCCGCUGCCGUCUCCGUCGGACUUGUUUUGUCCUCCGACGCAUUCUAGGUUUUUCGAGGUUGGGAAUCAGGUCGACGAAUUGCGCCGAGAUGAAACCCGCAAGAAGUCUAGUACCUUGACGAAUGAUGAUUCCGCUGUUACAACGCUAGAGGGAGAACCGGCGACAGAUAAACCGAAGCGAAGGGGUAGGCCAAAGAAGGAGCAGAAAAGAGCUACGGAGGAGCUGGGGCCCUGUGUUACGGGCAACGAGAAGACUACUACGAAAAAGACUAUCACAGGAACUAGUAAGAAACGCGCUCAACCUGCGACAAAGCGCUCGAAGCAGGCGAAUAAGACUAUUUCUGGGAGGGUUGCGAAGGCGGGCACUCCGCAAGUCAAGGAGGCGGGCGAGAAGGCUAUUUGUCCGUCGACACCAACGACUGCUCUGCCCCUGAAGGCUACGAAUGAUGUGCUGGAAUGGGAAAGGGAUGGCUUACAGCUUGAGCAAGCGAUGACGCGGAGAUUGGACUGGACACCUACAGUCAAUAAGGUUAAGGAAGUCGUUGAGUUGGAAGGGAAGUCAGGGUCAGAUGAUAAUACAAGGGGUUUUGGUAACCUGCUGUCGGAGUAUGGGUUUAAUGGAGCUGCUGCUCCUGUAAACGACUUUAUGGCCUCUGUCGAAGGUGGACCGACGAAGCGAAGGCGGAUAGAGCUGGUUGAUCCCGGAGUAUAUCCUGCUCCCAGACAAAGUGUCGCCGACGAUAGUGAGAAGGAUAACACAGAGGGAACCCGCAAAUCAACACCAGCUGCGCGAAAGAAGCCGACGAAGCGUGCCAACAAAUUUACCACUCUCACUGCCCGCGUGACAGCGAAGUAUAUCAACGAGUCUACGGAGGGUUCAGAUGUCGUAGACGAAGAGACACCGAAAGCGAAGCCUAAAGUUUCAAGAUCCAAGAAAAAGGGCCAGGCAAGCAAGUCUUACGAACCCGAGUUCGUGGUGCUUUCUCCCGAAGAAGCUGCUAAGUCCCUCGAUGAUCAAGAGCUGGUAUUUGGCACAUGCAGCCAGCUGGAGCGGGAAGACUCACCCACUACUAUAAGAGAGCUGCAGGCAGCUAUUAGCGAGUCGGAACGAAGCAUGACGUUGGAAGCCAGCGGUCGUCCGCAUCGAACGCAAAGCAAGGGCUCAUCCUCUACAGUCUCACGCUUCAAUGGCUCAGGAAACUUGUGGUCGGUCGCAUCUCGGGAUGUUGACGGUUCACUAAUGCAGGUAGAAGUGGUGGAUCUGGUGAAUUCGCCUGAUAGAUCUGGGACUAUCACUCUGGAUGAGCGACCUAGCAACGCCAAGAGAGUAGCUGAAGCCGAAUGCAAUACCAGCGACAUCAACCCUACCCAGAAAGGUAGCGACCAGGCAAAAGCUGCUUCGACAAGCGAAACACAGCCUGUUGUACCUUCAACCACUCAGUCAAAGAACAAAAAGGCCGAGAAUACCACAUCCAUUGCCCGCAAGCCCGACCCUAAGAUGCCGCAAUACGACAACUUCACAGAUGCCCAGCUAUCGAAACAAGCCGCCUCAUUCGGCUUCAAACCGCUCAAAAACCGGAAGAAGAUGAUUGAGCUGCUUGAAAAGUGCUGGAAAGCAAAGAACAGCAUAUCAUCAGAGGCAAACAACGAGAAUACAGAUCAGGAAACGCCUGCUGAACCCGAAUCAGCACCUGAGCCUGGUAAUAAGCCAAAGGGGAAAGGAACAACACGGAAAACCACCACGAAGGCGAAAGCCAAAACUCAACCUAGUACAUCAUCAAAGUCAACAACCGAAGCCAUCUCAACAACAAAAUCUCCAAGCAAUCCCAACUCUAACACCACAACCUCAACCUCAACCUCAAUUUCCAAACCUACCCCUUCCUACGCCAACGUCGAGGAAAUCGAAGACUCCGAAGAAGACUCCGACCCCAUCUCCUUCCCCUCUCCCAGCCGCCUCCUACCCCAGACCCUCCAAACAAAUCACAAACACGCCCACACCCUCCCUACAUCCAACUUACCAUCAAGUCCUAAUCGAACCACAUCCACAUCCGUUCCCAAAGAACCAGAACCCCCCGCCAUACUUCUCCCCCUAACUGAGCAAAUCACCAAAGCCGUGCGUGCCCAAUCCGCAGCCCACCCUGCAUCAUCCAACAGCAAUAAGACUCACACAAGGAAACAAACAUGGCACGAGAAAAUUCUCAUGUACGACCCUAUUCCUUUGGAGGAGUUCACCACUUGGUUAAACACAGAGGGACUGGGUCUCGUGAAUGAGGAUCGGGAGGUCGGGGCGGGGUUCGUGAGGAGGUGGUGUGAGAUUGGUUUGAUUGGUUCAGAGGAUGGGAAUACUACUACUACUACUACUACUACUACUACUACUACUACUACUACUACUACUACUACUACUACUAGUGUAGUAGAAGAAAUUUUUCGGGUUUUAUAG